AUGGAUCCCCGCCUCAGUGCCCAGGAUUUGAUCAGAUGUGACUUAUGCGAGACAGCUAUAGUACAGAUGUACUGUGAAUUCUGUCAUGUCAAGCUUUGUAAACCCUGUAUUGGAGAACACAUUGCUGAGGAGUAUAGCAAGCAUCAAAUUGUCCCAUUUCAGCAAAGAAAAUCAACCUUGAUUUAUCCAAAGUGUACAACACAUCCGACCAAAGCCUGUGAAUUACAAUGCAAAGAAUGUGACAUCCCUAUUUGUGCUUUGUGCUCAGUAUCUGAAAGUCAUAAGAGACACUCAAUGUCAAACCUUUUCGAAAUUUAUAACACAAAGAGACAAACCAUUGAAAAAGACUUACAGGAUAUAGAAAGCAUAAUUUCCCCAACAUAUGAAGAAAUUGCCACUGGUUCAGAAAUCCAGAUAGAAAACUUAGAAAGAGAAUAUGAGAAACUUACAACAGCAGUGAAAAACCAUGGGGAAGAAUGCCACAAAGAAAUUGACAACAUUGUCAACAAACUGACAACAGAAAUUAAAGAGAUGAAAAUCAAACACAAGGCCAUUCUAAAGAAACAUCUGGAAGAAAUCAAACAGAUACAGUCAGUUAUUGAACAAACACUGCUCAGUCUGAAAAAAGUGGAAGAAUCAAAUGAAAUACUAGUAUCUAUGGCUAUAGAAUAUAAGUCUAAAAACCAAGAAUUCUGCAAUCUUCCUCCAAAAGUUCUAGUAUCACUGCCAAUAUUUAGCCCCAAGACAAUAGAUACUGAACAGCAUUACAAGGUGACAAUUGAUGGGGCUUUAGUUUACUCUGAUUGGGAAAGAAAGACCAUAAAUAAAGUGAAGAAUGGACAGACAGUGGAGAUGAUCAGACUACAGGACUGGAUACAUACACAACUCUGUGUCACCUCCUCUGGUGAUCUCCUGGUUACCAUGUGCAGCGAUGAUUAUUUCUUGGUUUCUAUAUUUCCUAGACCACGGUCCAAAGUUGUCCGUUACUCAGGCUCCACAGAGAAACAAACAAUACAGUUUGCUGAGGAGGGUAAACCUCUGUAUUCAGGAAAUAGAAACACCAAGUACAUCAGUGAGAACAGAAACCUGGAUAUCUGUGUGGCUGACUAUAAAGCUGGUGCUGUAGUGGUUGUCAAUCAGGCUGGAAAACUCCGAUUUAGAUACACUGGUCAUCCUUCUGCUAAAAAGAACAAACCAUUUCAACCUUUUGGCAUCACAACGGACAGCCAGAGUCAGAUCCUGACAGCAGACGGUGAUAACCACUGUAUCCACAUCCUAGACCAGGACCGACAGUUCCUCCGUUAUAUAGAUAACUGUGAUCUGAAGGAUCCAUUUGGUUUAUGUGUGGACAAAAAAGACAACUUGUUUGUGGCUGAGUGGAGUGGAAAACUUAAGAAAAUUAAAUAUCUUAGAUAG